GCCGGUGCUCACGUGCCGGAGAUGGCGGCUGACCCUCUUCCUCCGUCCGCAAUGGCUCAGCCGGGGACUAUGAAUCUCAAUAACGAGGUUGUAAAGAUGAGAAAAGAAGUGAAGCGAAUCCGAGUUCUGGUCAUCCGAAAACUUGUCAGGAGUGUUGGCAGACUGAAGUCCAAAAAGGGCACUGAAGAUGCACUGUUGAAAAACCAAAGGCGAGCCCAACGAUUGCUUGAGGAAAUCCGUGCCAUGAAGGAAUUGAAACCUGAUGUCAUAACUAAAUCUGCUCUUAGUGAGGAUAUCAACUUUGAAAAAACUUGCAAAAAGCCAGAUUCUACUGCAACGGAAAGAGCAAUUGCCAGAUUAGCAGUUCACCCUCUUCUGAAGAAAAAGAUUGAUGUGCUAAAAGCCGCUGUCCAGGCCUUCAAAGACGCAAGGCAGAGUGCUCCAGCGGCCGAAUCAUCUGAGAGUACUUCUGGAGAAGGCCGGUGUAAGGACAUUGCAGGGUCACAGGAUGAUGCAAAGGAGUCACAGCAUCCUGAAAGAAGUGUUGUCAGUGAGCAGAGGGCAAAGGACACCAACACAGCAGCAAAGAAGGCAGGAAGUGGUUCAAAAGAAAAACUGGCCAAGACAGAGCAAGGACCCAAAGCAGUGACCACUCCAGGGUCUCAGGGGAAGCCUUCAGGAAAGGGUGCUGGGGUUAACUCUGAACACCAGGGGUCCCCAGCCCCAGGAGACAACAACCAGGGGAAAGCCUCAACCAGAACCCCAGAGAAGGACAGCGUUUGUGAGCCUGCUGAUAACGGUGUCAGUGAGGGAGAGGAGAGCGAGGAGGAAAAGGAGUAUUUUGAUGACAGCACUGAAGAAAGGUUCUACAAACAGUCUUCUGCAUCUGAGGACAGCGACAGUGGUGACGACUUCUUCAUUGGAAAAGUCAGACGGACAAGAAAGAAGGAAUGUGGUGUCCAUUCCUCGGCCAAGGAACUGAAGCCCUUCCCAAAGGUGUCAUCUAAAACAAAUGCACUUGAAACCCACUGGGAUGUAAGAAACGAUAGACACAGGCCAAUUCCAGAAGCCAGGAAGCUAGAAUCCGUGUUUUUCCACUCGUUGGCUGGACCUAAAAGCUCCAGAAGGGAUCCCAGAGAACAGGCCCCGAAGAAUAAAGCCCCAGAUUUUCCAGAAAAUGAACCUCCAGUCAAGAAGCAGUUUACAAAGAGUGCACACAGAGGCUUUGAGAGUGGGAGGCAGCCGAUGCAGGCACCUCUGCAUCCUUCCUGGGAAGCAAGCAGGAGGCGGAAGGAACAGCAGUCCAAAAUCACUGUGUUUCAGGGGAAAAAAAUUACAUUUGAUGAUUGAUUUGAUGCUUGCUGCCUCUUUGCAAGCUUUCUGUCAAAAUUUUUGGUUUUGUUUUUAACUAAUGUGUUUUAAAUACGUCUCUUUGAAAGAGUUAUAAAACAUAUUGCUUGUUUUUCUUUCUUUAUGUGAGUUUGGGGAAUAUUUACGUAAUCUUUUUACAGAUCUCUAAAUUUGUUUCGUAAGAAUGCUUGCCCCAAAUUAUUUCUUACAUAAGGUAAUUUAGAUAUUACAGAAUUUUAGGUUUUCUCAUUCAUGAUUACAAAAUAUCUUUUGCUAGUUAAGCGUUCCUUUUGCCUUGAAAAUAAGGCAAACGGAGCUUAGGAGAUGGCUCACUUCCUGAGGCCCAAUGGCCUGAGUUUGACCCCUGUGAUUCCCUUGGUAUGAGGGCAGAACCAACUCACAACAGUCGUUCUCUGGUUGCACAUACAGUGUGGCAUAUGCCUAUGUUCACAUGCAUAUGUUCAUACAUAUAAUAAAUGUCAUAUAAAAAUGUUAGGACAUAAAGUAAUAGUGGGAAAAUAAAAUAGGACUAAAAAAUAUUUUUAUAAGCAAAACAGAAAUGGCAAUUUUCACUGUGGAUAUAGAAAUAGUCUAUAAAUAAAUAUUUAUCAUGUUACUUGUAACUUUUAUCUUGCAGUGUUUGAGCAACUUGCUUAUGUGUAGCAGCACACCAAAAGUUAAGUUCUAAGUAUCCCUGCAAUAAGUAUUUCCAUUCUUUGAAGAAUGGAUCAAUAGAACCCUAGUUUUUCUGUCCAUGGACCAAGUCCAGGAUACGGUGUUCAUGGUACAGAGAAGUUAUGCAUGGUGUCUAGUCACUUAGCCAUAUAUUGGGGUACAGCACUGGGAAUUGAACCUAGGGCCUCAGGCAUUCUAGGUCUUAUAUGUGCUCUAUCACUGAGGACCUUGCUGUGUGGCUCAAAUAGGCCUGAGUUUUUACUCUCACGGUACCACGAUGCAGGUAUUUUAACGUGUAUUGAAAUGUGUAGAAGAGGGAUUGAAGUGGCUAAAUACUUCAUACGGUACAGUAACUUUAAAGGAAAAGAGGUUUUUAAAAGAUCUUCAACUGUUUGCCUUUUUACUACUGUGGAAGACAAGAAAGAUCAUCAGUUAAUUAAA